GUCUGUUUCACUGUUCAUGGGUUUUCAAGUCAUGAUGCAAGAAUCUGGGACGGAGGCGACAAGCAACGGCCCAGCCAAUCAGAAUGGAGGAGCAAGCUUGGAAGGAGGAGCCAGGGAGGGACGACCCAAGAGUGCCACACCGUCGGUGGAGGUGACUGCAGCUGAUCUCCUGCAUCUCCAGCAUCACCAGGCUCUACAAGUGGCUCGGCAGAUCCUCCUCCAGCAGCAGCAACAACAACAGCAGCAGCAGCAACAACAUCAACAACAACAACAACAACAACAACAGCAGCAGCAACAGCAGCCAGCCCAGCCACAACUCCAGUCUCAACAAAACACCGGCCGCAAAUCUCCCAAAUCCAGUGACAAGCAGCAAAGCCUACAGGUUCCAGUGUCAGUGGCUAUGAUGACACCCCAAGUAAUAACUCCACAGCAGAUGCAGCAGAUCCUUCAGCAGCAGGUCCUGAGCCCUCAGCAGCUCCAGGUUCUCCUCCAGCAGCAACAGGCCCUCAUGUUACAGCAGCAGCAACUCCAAGAGUUCUACAAGAAGCAGCAGGAACAGCUCCACCUCCAGCUCCUCCAGCAGCAGCAGCAGCAGCAGCAUGCAGGCAGCAAGCAGAGUAAAGAGCAGGUGUCAGCACAGCAGUUGGCCUUCCAGCAGCAGCUCCUGCAGGUCCAGCAGCUCCAGCAGCAGCAUCUGCUCAACCUCCAGAGGCAAGGGCUGCUCACUAUCCAGCCUGGACAGACCAGCCUGCCACUGCACUCCCUCACUCAGGGCAUGAUUCCAGCAGAUCUGCAGCAACUGUGGAAGGAGGUGACAAAUGCUCACGUGAAGGAGGAGCACAACAGCAGCAACAACGGCCACCGCGGCCUUGAUCUGUCCUCCCCGGCACCGCCAAAGAACCCACUCCUCAACCAGCAUGCCUCCACCAACGGCCAGUACAUGAGUCACAAGAGAGAAGGAGCCACGCUAGAAGAGCCUUCUCCCCACAGUCAUCCUCUCUACGGUCACGGGGUUUGCAAGUGGCCUGGAUGUGAGGCAGUGUUUGAUGACUUCCAGUCAUUCCUCAAGCAUCUUAACAAUGAGCACGCCCUGGAUGACAGGAGCACGGCCCAGUGUCGGGUGCAAAUGCAGGUCGUACAACAGCUGGAGCUGCAGCUAGCGAAAGACAAAGAGCGUCUGCAAGCUAUGAUGACGCACCUCCAUGUCAAGUCCACGGAGCCCAAAGCCACCCCACAGCCGCUCAACCUGGUGUCCAGCGUCACCUUGUCUAAGUCGGCCCCCGAGGCCUCGCCUCCUCUGAGCCUGCCCCAGACCCCCACCACGCCCACGGCACCCCUCACACCCUUAUCCCAGACUCACUCCGUCAUCACAGCCAACAGUCUGCACAGCAUGGGCCCCAUGAGGCGGCGCUACUCGGACAAGUACAACAUGCCCAUUUCCCCAGAUAUCGUUCAGAACAAAGAGUUUUACAUGAAUGCUGAAGUUAGACCACCGUUCACGUACGCCUCGCUAAUAAGACAGGCAAUCCUCGAAUCUCCAGAAAAGCAGCUAACACUAAAUGAAAUCUACAACUGGUUCACGCGAAUGUUUGCAUAUUUUAGGCGCAAUGCAGCGACAUGGAAGAAUGCAGUCCGGCAUAAUCUUAGUCUUCACAAGUGUUUUGUGCGAGUAGAAAACGUAAAAGGGGCUGUGUGGACAGUCGACGAAAUAGAGUUCCAAAAGAGACGGCCUCAAAAGAUCAGUGGAAGUCCAGCCUUAGUGAAGAACAUUCAGACCAGCUUGGGCUACGGUCCAGCUCUCUCUGCUGCCUUCCAGGCUUCAAUGGCAGAAAACAACAUACCUCUAUACACUACUGCUUCCAUUGGAAGUCCCACCCUCAACUCCCUGGCCAAUGCCAUCCGUGAGGAGAUGAAUGGAGCGAUGGACCAUGGAAACAGCAACGGCAGUGACAGCAGCCCGGGACGCUCACCCUUGCCAGCUAUGCAUCACAUCAGCGUUAAAGAGGAACCACUGGACCCCGAAGACCACGAAGGGCCCCUCUCCCUGGUGACGACUGCCAAUCACAGUCCGGAUUUCGAUCACCACAGAGAUUAUGAUGACGACCAGGGCCACGAUGACAUGCUGUAAGGCUUUCCCCCUCCCUCCCCGGCCUCAGAGGCAGAGCCAGUCUCGGUCAUCUGGGAGACAGAAGCGCUCCGCAGAUACAAACGCUGAACUGCAGUCUCCGCCACUGAUGACAGCUCUCAAAUGUCUCCAAUUGACUUUUAGUGCCAUUACAAUACAUAGUGAAAACACACACAAACACACACACACACACACACACACUUACACAUGCACACGCGUGCAUACACACACAAAACAUAGAAUACGUCCCGCUUGGGGGAAUUCUUUUGAUUUCUUUCUACUUUUUGGUUUAAGUGAAACUUAAAAAAAGUGAAUACAAACUUAAUUUCUACUCAACGUGGGUUGGAUGGACUUGUUUUGGUACGGGGGGACGUGUUCUCGGUCAGCAUGGGAGAUUCGGAGGCCAGAACGGGCAGGGACCUUCACUGUGCAGCCAGGACGGACUGCAUGCAGCCCACUCAACCACACUGAGCACGGACUGCAGAGGGCUUGUCUCUCUCUCUCUCUCUCUCUUUCUCUUUCUCUCUCUCUUCCUCUCCCCUCCCCCCCUUUCUCUUUCACUCUCACACACACAUCUGACCGCAAACUCGAGAGAGAAUGACUGACAUUUAAUUUACACUGUGUGUGUGUGAGGGAGAGUGCUUGCGGACUUCUGUUCAUUGUCACUGCCUUCAACACUUUUCAUUUGUUUGUUGCUUCCAUCGAGGGUGGGAGGGACUUUUUUCUUUUUUUUUUUUUUUUUGGGGUGUACUUUUCGGGGGAUGAGAUGUUAUAAAAUAUCAAUGUAUGUGUUUUUUUUUUUUUCAUCAUUCAUUGCUGUUGUUUAUGUUGCUUUGUUUUUAAUUUCUUUGAACUGAUCAGACCUCAUGCCCAUGCUGUGGAGAUUCUGUGUGGUCAGCACUUGAUGAUGAAUGUUUAUGAUUUCCUUUCAUGUUGUUCCAUGACUUUUAUAUAUAUAAAUAUAUAUAUACUUACACAUGAAGCAGAAUGUCAAAUACCAAGUAGUAUUUUUCUGUCAUUUAUUCCACAAUCUUCAGAAAGCCACCUCCCUGACACGUGCCCCCCCCCACCCCACACCCCACACCCCUCCACCCCACCCAACCCCCAUCCAUGAAGUCCAUCGGCAAUGCACUACUCAUAAUGAAGGCUCUCUCCACGCAUCAAUGAAGUUUAAUUUAAGAUGCGAAUGAAUGACAGAGAAAUCAUGCAGGUUAUGAUUUAUCCUUAUGAAAUUAUACUUUAAAACAGCCCCUCGCGGCCGAGCAUGUUGAGCUGCAACAAAAUUUCUGAUCACUUACAAGCUCUGGUUUGUAAAGGAAAAUGAAAAUGUCAGGUGUGCACUGCAGAGAUAAUGAUUUAGACCAACUAAUUGUGAUUCCUGAACACAACUGUCAUUGUUAAUCCAAUGUGUCGAGUUUUCCAAGCUGUAAUUUCAUUCAUCCGGGCCAUGCUUGAAGAGAAAUGUGCAUUCCCUAUAGUUUUAUUUAUACCACACGCAUGACCAGUGUUUUUAGUUUUAGUGAGAAUUUAUAAUUACGCAUCAAAUUAAAUAUUAAUUUCCUUCUCCAAGGGAAAAUCCCAAGACUUGCAAUAACACCUAAACAUUGCACAUUCCAACAUUUGACAGCCAUUGUAAGGGCCCAAAUGCUUUUCAUAUAUGCCAUUGAGGGACUGUGGAUACAGCAAGGUUCAAUGUCACCAAAAAGUAGAGACACACUGAUCCACUUUUUUUUUUUUUUUUUUUCAGUUCUGACCCGAUACCUGAAUUUGGAUUUUGAUACCAAAAGUGAAUAGUAUUAUAAUUAAUAUCAAUACUAUUAAUCUUAUCAUUAUUGUUGGUAUUCUGUUUAAGGAUACAUGAGGCUGUAGUAAAACAUACAGCACUUCUUUUUCAGCUGUUAUCAGCUCAAACAGAUGCAGUUACAUCUAACUUACAGAAAUCGUAGACCCGAAAAAAAAAAUAUGGAGACUGCUGGAUAUCUUUAUAGAACUGUUUAAUUACUAAUUAUGUGUAUAACAUUUUGGCUAUGGGCCUAAAAUUGGAUUAUUACAUAUUUAUCAAAACAUCAGACUGUAGAAUCUGUAUCGGUACAUGGAUCGGUAACGUCAGUCUGAUAUCCAGUGAGUGAAUUACGUCAUUAUCGGCACCCGAUACCGAUACUGGAUUGGAUCAGUCCCAGCUCUACCAAAUAGCCAACAUUGGACCAGCUGGAAUCCACACAGGGACUGUGGUUUUUGCGAGGUGACAACAAAAUAGGGCAAUUCCAGGUUUGGUAGACAGUCAAACCCAAUGCAUUCAAUUUAAAAGACCAUUACGUUUAAGACUGCAAUCAACCACUUUGAUUUUGUUUUAAUUUAUUGCUAUUAUUAUUAUUUCUAUGUUUUAUUUGGCAUUUUUAGUUGUUUAUGUGUCUGAUAUCUUGUUCUGUGACUACCAAAGAUAAACUAUAAAGUCAAACAAUGUUCUCUGUUCCAUGCAAUAGCAGAUAAGGCCAAAUAUCUCUCCUCCAUUCUCUCCCAUUGGAUGUGAACGGAUCUUUUACGUAGGGCAGGACUGGUCUCAGCUGUGUCGAGCCAAUGGCAGAUCGAAUCGAGGGAUAUGCUCCUCAAACUGGUCUUUCAUUCACUUUAUAAAACCAAAGGGGGUGUCUUGAACAGGACAGCUGCAGUAACUUGUGCAGUGACCAAAACUGAAUGGGAGGCGCAGAUAGUCCGGACUACAUUAUGACCAAAUUAGGGAAACUUUGUCUUUGGGCCAAUGAGUGGAAAAAAGGGAGCUGUUGGUCAGGAGCAGAUUUCUGUGCAACAUAAAAGGGUAUGUAGAAAAAGCUGAUGAGGAUAAUAUACCGGUAAACAGAAAAGCUUUGCAGAGAACAAUGUGAAAUGGAUUCUAUACUUCAACUGGACCACACAAUGAUUCAAUGUUUUGUUUCUCUUCUUCUAUUCCUUAUAAAUUUGUAUCCUUUCGAAUGAUUGUAUGCCACUUUUUAGGGGUUUCUAGUAUCUCGACGGGACUCCGCUGUUCUUUGUCAAGAUUGGCAAGACUUUAUGAUUGUGUUUUUAGUUUCUGUCAACGUAUUACUUUUUUUAUAUUAAAAAACACUCCUGUCAACUAAUAAGCUGGGUACAAGGUACUUUAUGGCAGUUGUUAUUGUUAUUUUUCCAAGUUCACCAUGCAUUUACUAUUAAGAAAAGGGCAAUCUGUGGUUUCCAGAAGAUGUAUUUAAUAUCCAGGCAGCUGUGGGAUGGGUCAGUGACAGCCAGGCUCAGAUCGUGAGAACAGGGCCGAGCUCAUCCACCAGCCCCAGUCUCUGGCUGGUUUGCUUGGUAUUCAAAAAGGGGGAAAAGUGCUGGUAGAUUAGAACAUUCUCAGCAUGUGUAGCUUGACAUUACUAAAGAUAACAGCAUGAGAAAACCGUUAGUACGCAUACCUCAGUUCAAACCUAUAGGGAAUGAUUCAAUUAAAUGAGGAAAAAAAAAAUACAAAACAUUUCACUCAGUUGCACUUAGUUGUAUGUCUUGCAUGUGUAGUCUGAAACUGUAGAGAGAAAAUAAAUAAAUACAAAAAAAGACUAAAAAAAAAUAAUAAGAAAAUUAAAUUAGAGCUUGUUUAUCUUUAAAGGUCUCAUCCUUUUUUUUUUCUUUUUUUUUUUUGCCAAACCAAUCCAAACCUCAGGCCUUUGUUCAUUAAGAUAUCACCCAGCUGUAUGUGGCACCAUUCAUUUUGUCAGUCUGUUCUCUGAUGUAUUGAUGGGUUGUUUUGAGGGCGUUCCAACAAUAGGUUGUACAUACAUGUCAGUAUAGCCUUCGUCUUUUCCUGUCUUUUCCUUUCCUUGUUUCUUUUCAAAGAUCAAAAAAAUACAUUUGUGUUAUAAUGUUUGCUUUAUCGCAACUGCUUUGUAUUAACUGAAAUAGCUAUGAGAAAAAAAAAAAACUGCUGUAUGUAUUGGAAUAGCAAACUGUGCUGCAAAUGUAUUUUACUUAGUAAUCCUUGCUUUAAAAAAGAAAAAAAAAAAAA